CCAACACCUCACAUCCACCCACUACGGAUUUUUUUUUCUUUUUUUUCCUCUCGUAUUUCCAGACCACAGGGGUAACGCGACUUACAGGAGAAAUCAGUGGGAAAACAGAGACGCGGAGUCUGCCAAUUUAAUUUAUGGUAAUACUGUAAGAAUAGCUCGGUUCUCAUCACUCCAAGAAUUUCUUCCCCCUCUCUGUCCCUCUUGGUCUUUCUCUCUCCGUCUGUGUCUCUUGCUCGGUGGCUGUCGUGUGUUGUUGCGCUGUGUUCUGAUGGGAAAAACCCAGAAGAAAAAGACGGUGGGGGAUAUGAGCGGGCAGAUCGGAGUGUAACGCAUUUUAUUUCCAUUUUCAUUGAACCAUCUUGUUGCGCCGGACUUCUAUUGUGGAGAAUGGGGACUAUUGAUUCACUGGAGGGCUGCAGAAUUUAUUUAUAAAGGAUGUGGUCAAUGUUGGGAAAAUAGCCAUAGCUUCCGCAGUGUAAGGCCAAAUGACAUAGGAUGAAGGCUGUUCGAAACCUGUUGAUUUAUAUAUUUUCCACCUAUCUUCUGGUUAUGUUUGGAUUAACUGGUGCCCAAGAUUAUUGGUGUUCCACUCUGGUCAAGGGGGUCAUUUAUGGAUCAUAUUCAGUGACUGAAAUGUUUCCCAAGAACUACACAAACUGUACAUGGACGCUGGAGAACCCAGACCCUACCAAAUACAGCAUCUACCUUAAGCUAUACAAGCGAGACCUGAGCUGCUCUGAAUAUUCUCUGCUUGCUUAUCAGUUUGAUCAUUACUCACAUGAGAAGAUUAACGAAUUGUUGAAAGUGAAUGAGUCUAUAGUGUAUCUCUGUGAUUCAAAGAAUAACUACAUAUUUUUGCUGUAUGACAAGAAUUUUGCUCAACUGCGGAGAGUUUUCCCUUAUGAUUAUAAUGGAUUGACGCCACAGAAGCUGGAUGAGGAGGAGAAGUCUAUUGUGGAGUUUCUGGUGUUUAAUAAGGCAAGCCCUAGCCAGUUUGGGUGUCAAGUGCUUUGUACAUGGCUGGAAAACUGCCUGAAACUAGAGAAAGGGACAGUGGAAACAUGUGGGAUCGUCUACACAAAAUGCACAUGUCCUCAGCAUUUAGGCGAUGGAGAAUCAGAGAGCAUGCUCAUGCUCAACAACGUGGUUUUACCUUUAAAUCCACAAACGGAGGGUUGCCUGUCACCUCAACUACAAGCCGGGCAGAUCUGCAAUCUGAGCGCGGAAGUGAAGCGACCCCCUAAAGAAGAAUAUGGAAUGAUCGGAGAGCAUACAGUAAAAAGUCAGCGGCCAAGAUCAGUUCAUGACACAAAGGCCCUGCAGGAGCAAGCUGAAUCUGCUAAAUUUAUGGCACAAACUGGUGAAUCAGGUGCAGAGGAGUGGUCCCAGUGGAGCUCAUGCUCUGUAACAUGCGGUCAAGGGUCGCAGGUGCGAACAAGAACAUGUGUCUCACCAUACGGAACACACUGCAGCGGCCCUUUAAGAGAAUCAAGGGUUUGCAAUAACACUGCCCCUUGUCCAGUACACGGUGUAUGGGAAGAGUGGUCACCGUGGAGUCUGUGCUCAUUCACGUGUGGCCGAGGUCACCGCACUAGGACUAGGAUGUGUGCUCCUCCCCAGCAUGGAGGCAGGGCCUGUGAUGGACCUGAGACCCAGACUAAGCUUUGCAACAUAGCCCUAUGCCCAGUGGACGGACAGUGGCAGGAGUGGAGCUCUUGGAGCGAUUGCUCGGUGACCUGUGCCAAUGGCACUCAGCAGAGGACCAGGCAGUGCUCAGCAGCCGCCCAUGGGGGAUCUGAAUGUCGCGGUCACUGGGCAGAAAGCAGAGAGUGCCAUAAUCCUGACUGCACAGCAAAUGGCCAGUGGAAUCCUUGGGGUCCAUGGAGCGGCUGCUCUAAGUCCUGCGAUGGCGGAUGGCAGAGACGAGCACGGGUGUGUCAGGGGGCAGCAGUGACUGGGCAGCAGUGUGAUGGAAAUGGAGAAGAAGUCCGAAAGUGCAGUGACCAACGCUGUCCAGCACCGUAUGAGAUUUGUCCAGAGGACUAUGCUGUGUCAAUGGUGUGGAGACGGACCCCUUCAGGAGAGCUGGCCUUCAACAGAUGCCCACCCAAUGCCACAGGCACCACUAGUCGACGCUGCUCUUUGGAUCACCGUGGUAUGGCCUUCUGGGAGCAGCCCAGCUAUGCUCGAUGCAUAACAAAUGAAUUCAGAUACUUGCAGCAAUCAGAGGUUCAGGGGCACCUUGCAAAGGGCCAAAGGAUGCUGGCAGGGGAUGGGAUGUCCCAGGUCACUAAAAACCUGCUGGAUCUCACCCAAAGGAGAAACUUUUAUGCAGGUGACUUGCUUUCUUCAGUGGAGAUUCUUCGCAAUGUGACAGAAACCUUCAAGAGGGCAAGCUAUGAGCCAUCAUCAGAUGAUGUGCAAAACUUUUUUCAAAUCAUCAGCAACCUCUUGGAGGAGGAAAAUAAGGAGAAAUGGGAAGAUGCACAAAAGAUCUACCCUGGAGCAGUGGAGCUCAUGCAGGUCAUCGAGGAUUUCAUCCACAUUGUUGGACUGGGCAUGAAAGAUUUCCACAAUGCCUAUCUAAUGACUGGAAACUUGGUGGCCAGCAUCCAGAGACUUCCUGCCGUCUCUGUGAUGACUGACAUCAACUUCCCCAUGAAAGGUCGUAAAGGUAUGGUCGACUGGGCCAGGAACUCAGAAGAUAAAGUGGUCAUCCCAAAGGGCCUCUUUGUUUCCCAGUCAGCAGAUAUGGAAGGAUCCCCUGUCUUCAUUCUGGGAACAGUCCUUUACAAGACUCUUGGACUUAUGCUACCUUCACCAAAGAACCACACAGUUGUGAACUCAAAGGUUAUUGCUGUGACUGUAAGACCUGAACCCAAGGCAACUGAGUCCCACCUGGAGAUUGAACUGGCUCACCUCACAAAUGGAACAUCAAACCCCUACUGCGCACUGUGGGAUAACACCAUAAUGAACGAUUCUUGGGGAGCCUGGUCCACAAAAGGAUGCAAAACGGUGCUUACAGAUGCAUCCCAUACAAAAUGCUUGUGUGAUCGUGUAUCUACCUUCGCCAUUUUGGCUCAGCAACCAAGAGAAAUAACCAUGGAGUACUCAGGGGUCCCAUCUGUGACAUUGAUAGUUGGCUGUGGUUUGUCUUGCCUCGCCUUGAUCACACUGGCAGUGAUCUACGCUGUGUUAUGGAGAUAUAUCCGCUCUGAACGAUCCAUUAUCCUGCUCAACUUCUGCUUAUCUAUAAUCUGCUCAAACAUAUUGAUCCUGGUUGGACAAACACAGACCCACAAUGUGGGAGUCUGCACCAUGACAACAGCCUUUCUGCACUUCUUCUUCCUCGCAUCGUUCUGCUGGGUCCUCACAGAGGCCUGGCAGUCCUACAUGGCGGUGACAGGAAAGGUUCGGACCCGGCUCAUCCGCAAGCGCUUUCUGUGUCUGGGCUGGGGAUUACCAGCUUUAGUAGUUGCUGUUUCAAUGGGAUUCACCAAAACAAAAGGCUAUGGGACACCCUUAUACUGUUGGCUCUCUUUGGAGGGUGGGCUCCUGUACGCCUUUGUUGGACCUGCAGCAGCUGUUGUUCUGGUCAACAUGGUGAUUGGUAUCUUAGUGUUUAAUAAACUAGUGUCCAGAGAUGGAAUACUGGACAAGAAGCUGAAGCAUCGUGCAGGGUAUGACAGCACAUCCUUACAGAUGAGUGAGCCGCAUACAGGAUUAACUCUCAAGUGUGCCAAAUGUGGUGUCGUAUCAACAACUGCUUUAUCAGCAACUACAGCCAGCAAUGCAAUGGCAUCCUUGUGGAGCUCCUGUGUGGUCCUACCUCUGCUGGCUUUGACCUGGAUGUCUGCAGUGCUCGCCAUGACAGACAAGCGCUCCAUCCUCUUUCAGAUCCUCUUUGCUGUCUUUGACUCGCUGCAGGGUUUUGUCAUUGUGAUGGUGCACUGUAUCUUGAGGAGAGAGGUCCAAGAUGCUUUCAGAUGUCGGCUCAGAAACUGCCAAGAUCCAAUCAGCGGUGAUGCAACAGGAACCUUCCCUAAUGGGCAUGCUCAGAUAAUGACGGACUUUGAGAAAGAUGUGGACAUCGCCUGCCGAUCAGCACUCCACAAAGACAUGGGCUCUUGUCGUGCCGCCACCAUAACAGGCACCCUCUCCCGCAUUUCUCUCAACGAUGAGGAGGAUGAGAAGGCCCCUGAGGGCCUCAACUACUCCACGUUGCCUGGCAACAUCAUCUCCAAAGUGAUAAUCCAGCAGCCUUCAGCCCUGCACAUACCAAUGGGAGUUGGUGAGCUGAAAGAGCAGUGCAUGGUCGACAGCGGUGCCGACAUGCGCCGCACCGUUUACCUGUGCACAGACGACGCCAUGCGCCAGAGCGACCAAGACAUGGGUGGGCACGACAUGGAGGGCCACCCAGUCCAAGGUCAGAUGAUGGAGACGGACUACAUAGUCAUGCCUCGUGCCUCUGCAGCAGCUCUGUCAGGGCCGGGUAAUGUGCCCACCCUGCUAAAAGAUGACACCAAGAUGAACAUCACGAUGGAUACGCUGCCACACGAGAGGCUAAUGCAUUACAAGAUGAGUCCUGACUUCAACAUCAGCCCAUCAGGCAUGGACCACAUGAAUGUGAACCUGGAGCAGCAGUAUCCUAGUGUUCCAGAGCAGACGCAAAGUCGGCCCUUUGAACCUCGCACGGCUGUUAAGAACUUCCUUGCUGAGAUGGAGGAGUCAGGGGCACUUUCUAGGAGUGAGACCGGGUCUACAAUAUCUAUGAGCUCCCUGGAGAGAAGAAAGUCACGAUAUUCUGAUCUGGACUUUGAGGACAAGGCAAUGCCAAAACAGAACCCAUGGGAGAGCUACAAUCCAGCCUGUGAGUACCAGAACUACGCCACUAUGAAUGUACUAGAAUCUGACACCAAGGACUCACUGGAGAUGACGCCUGCAGAGUGGGAGAAGUGUGUCAACCUACCCUUAGAUGUCCAGGAGGGGGACUUCCAAACUGAAGUCUAGAGGGUGAAGGAGGAGAAAAUGCAAACUAGAAAAGGAGGAGAUGGGGAUGUUUUUUGCACUGAAUAAAGCAACAGACUUUUCUAACAGCCUUGGCAUACAUAUCUGGAGUGUGGCAGGGACAUUAUGUGCCAAUACAAAUAUAAAGACUGGUUAGAGAGAAAAAGAGAAGAAAAAGGGAUAAAAACAUCAGUGUUACUUUUGUAUUCUCACUAGUGUACUUAGUGUGGGGCAGCCUGGUGUACAAUAUUUACCAUCAUGUGUUUCAAAUUAUCUGUUGAGGAAUUGGCUAAAAAAGGUAAAAACUCUAGACAAAACCUCACAAAGCAAAUGACAUGCCAUGUCGUCCCAGCUUCAUCGGGUCUAGUUUUGAUUUUCUUAAAACUGGAUCCGGGAGCACAAUGUAUAUAUUUAUGCAGGUUUUUAAAAAGUUUAUAACAGUCCGUUUGGCCAUUACUACACUUUUUACUUUAUAAUAUAAAACAUGGGAGGCAAAGAGGAUUUUUCUGUCAUAUUAAAAUGAAUGUUUGUCCAGCUACAUUCUUCAUUGCUUUAAAUGCAAUAAAGAUAAUACUCACUUUUAUAUAAAUAAUAUAUUUCACAACUUUAAUACUGCAGAAUCUGCUUGAAGGAUCCCAGCAAGCUCUCUCAUCUGCAGCUCUGUAUAAAAUAUUUAAAAACAAAAUGUUGUAUGGUGUAAAUAAACUUUUGUCUACAUAUGUUUUACUUGUGCCAAUUUAUUUUAAUGAGAAAAAAAGAUGCCAACCUGAUCAAAAGUUAUAGCGAAAAAUGUUAACAUUUGAAAAGGAAUGUAAAUAAAAGAGGAAAUAUGUUCGUACUG